CACAAGAUGAGCUCCGAAACUAACGGCGCUGCCGAGAGAUUCGCCAUUGGUAUCUCCUUUGGCAACUCUUCCAGCUCUAUCGCCCGCCUCAACCCUGAGGGCAAGGCUGAGGUUAUUGCCAACGAGGAGGGAGACCGUCAAAUCCCUACCGUUCUUUCCUACAUCGAAGGCGAGGAGUACCACGGUGCUCAGGCCAAGAACCAGCUUAUCCGCAACUCCCAGAACACUGUUGCAUACUUCAGAGACUACCUUGGCAAGGACUUCAAGUCGAUAGACGCUACCCCCUGCCACAACUCCGCCCACCCCCAGCAGCACGAAGAGACCGUUGCUUUCUCCAUCCGCGACACCACCAGCGAGACCCCCAGCACCGUUACUGUCUCCGAGAUUGCUACCCGUCACCUGCGCCGUCUCAAGCAGUCCGCCUCCGAUUAUCUCGGUAAGGAGGUUAACGCUGCCGUCAUCACCGUCCCCACCGACUUCAACGAUGCCCAGCGUGAGGCCUUGAUCGCCUCUGCCAACGCUGCUGGUCUUGAGGUUCUUCAGCUCAUCCACGAGCCCGUUGCCGCUGCUCUGGCCUACGAUGCUCGCCCCGAGGCUGUCGUGACUGACAAGCUUACCGUUGUCGCCGACCUUGGUGGCACCCGCUCCGAUGCUACCGUCAUUGCUUGCCGUGGCGGUAUGUACACCAUCUUGGCCACUGCCCACGACUACGAGCUGGGUGGUGCCACCUUGGACAAGAUCGUCAUCGACCACUUCGCCAAGGAGUUCAUCAAGAAGCACAAGACCGAUCCCCGCGAGAAUGCUCGUGGCUUGGCCAAGCUCAAGCUUGAGGGUGAGGCUACUAAGCGUGCUCUGAGUCUGGGUACCAACGCUACCUUGAGCAUCGAGAGUCUUGCUGAUGGAAUCGACUAUGGUUCCACCAUCAACCGCACUCGUUAUGAGCUCCUCUCCGGCAAGGUCUUCGCUCAGUUCACCGCCCUGAUCGAGCAGGUCGUCAAGAAGGCUGGCCUGGACGUUCUUGACAUUGAUGAGGUCAUCUUCGCUGGUGGUACUUCCCACACCCCCAAGAUCGCCCAGCUGGCCCGCAACAUCUUCUCCGAGAAGACCACCAUUCUCGCUCCUUCCACCUUCACCGCUGCCAUCAACCCCUCUGAGCUUGCUCCCCGUGGUGCUGCCAUCCAGGCUUCCCUCAUCCAGGAGUUCGACAAGGAGGACAUCGAGCAGUCUGUCCACCCCAUGGUCACUGCCACUCCUCACCUUCAGAACGCCAUCGGUGUUGAGGUCACCUCCGGCGAUGCCGUCGACUUCCAGGCCCUCCUCCACGUCGAGACCGCUCUCCCCGCUCGCCGUACCGCUCAGUUCUCUGCUCCCAAGGAGGGAGGUGACGUUUUGAUCCGCGUCUGCGAGGGUGUCCGCGAGAUCAAGGUCACCAAGCCCGAGCCCAAGCCCAAGGAGGAGAAGGUUGAGGCUGACGAGGAUGAGUCCGACUUCUCCGACUCCGAUGAUGAGGAGGAGGAGAUCCGUGAGAUCGUCUGGAAGACUGAGAAGCCUAUUGCCGAGCUGGCCGUCAAGGGCGUCAAGGCCGGCAGCAAGGUCGAGCUCAUGAUCCACGUUGAUGCUGACCUUGGCCUGCAGAUCACCGCUCGGGAGGUCGGCGGCCAAAGCGCCGUCCGCGGUGCUGUCGAGGCUCCCAAGGCCUAGAUUGCCCGUCUCCGAGUUAUGAAUCUGCUACCAAAAUAUUUAUGUUGCAUCUUUUGCAUGAAUUGAUUUAGAAUCUCACUUGCUUGGUUUCUACUGCCGGAUAUUACCCAACUUCCUUUUUCCUGGUUUCUCUUCCGCAGAAGCUUACGAACCACGUCUCAAGACAGCAUUCAGUUCCCAAUCUGAAAGAGGCACCUAAUUCUGUGUUCUUCUUGGCCAUGACUUUUUGACGACAAAUGUAUUCAUGAAGGCUUCUGCAAAAUAUUUAUAGAGAACUGCAAUGACGCGGAAUAGAGAAUGAUAGAUUUUGUGGAUACUUCUGUGGUCUUACGUAUCAC